CUAGGGCGUCAGACAGCCAUAUUGGUUAUGAGCCUACACCAUCUUACAAUUUAGUUUUUGGUUGAAGGUCAAGGUUAGAGCAUGGAAGAAACAGAAAACCGGAAAGAACCAUUUAUUCCAGGACAUCAUGAAUGUGAGAUCUGCUAUGGAGGUGAAGCUGACUUACACAAGCACUAUACCAGCUGUAAGAAGAAUCCAGGUCAUGUCAACUUUAUACCUGUUAAUGAUUUUAACUUGGAUCAUCUCCCCUCACGUUACCAUGACGUCAUCAUGUUGGAGCAAAUCAAAGCUUUGUCUGCCCUAACGGUACUGAUAAAGGUCAAGUACACCAGUCUAGAAAGACCAGAGUCUGGUCCAUUCUUCAGUGGUCAGUAUCCGUUUUAUAUGAACAGAGGAAGUGACGUGUUGAGGACUGCGACGGGGACGGUGUAUGAUGUGGUCAAGUACACAGAGAGUGACAACAAGGGCACUUGUCCAUGUGGCAAGUGUCAACACUCGGACACACCCAGCAAAGUGUGGGGGGAGGUUUUUGUGACCACAGCCACACACGCGGUGUUUGAUGUCAGUGAGGCGAGACAGACCAAGUGUGUUGUAGGUUUUGACGACAAUAAAAGUCCUGGGGUCAGUCUUGAUGGCUGGCGGGUGGAGGAGGCACACUUUGAGAGAGACAGGUGUGAGUUUACAUGUGUGUCAUGUGACUUAGAGUUGGUUGAUGAAUUGUACUGGACGUGUCGGCGCUUUGAUGAUCUAUGUGUGAAAAUAAGGGAGAAAUACUGGAAAUCUGAUAAUAAUGACAAGUUGACCGUUAUAGUGUCACAUCCUCAUGGCUGUCCUAAAAAGGUCUCUGUAGGACAAUGGACACACAUACAUGAGGGGAAAGUUUGGCCCAAGUACACGUACACGACAUGUACAUGUCCAGGCUCCAGUGGAGCGUGUGUCUACAUGCCGGGAUAUGACGGGUUAUUGACUCGUCCCCACAGUGGAUCAAACUCUGUAGGAAAUUAUUGUGGGGAGUUUGGGAUGUGGUUGUAUUGAUCCAUCUCUAACUGUUGGUUCUCUCCCCUUGUCUAAUGUAAACAAACAAAAUGGCGGCUCCUUUAAUUAAACUUGUGUGUGUCAAGACUUGAAUGUCUUCAACAGCAACUUUGUAUUCUGGUGAAGACAAGGUAUAUUUUGUGUAGUUUCUCUCACGUCAUUUGUUUAUCGCUAAAAAACUUAACGGAAAGACUAGAUCAGAUGAUAUUUAAAACAUAUUAAUUAUAAUAAUAAAUUAAAAAUUAAUUAUAUAAUUUAUUGUAGUCCUACUUUACGGGCGGUCUUACAUUGUUAUGGUUAUGAUAACGAAAGUAGCAAACAUCUUACUAACUCUCAUAAUAUCGGUAUAUAAUUGAAAAGCUUUAAUUAGUUUUGCUUUUGUCAAUUUUUG